CAAAUCUAUAUUCAUUUCUUCCAUUUCCACACGUUCGUAACACUCGCAGUCUCUCUCCCUCUUUCUUUCUCCACACUCCUCAUUUCUAGUUCUACCAACACAUUCACAAACAGGUGGCUAGAUUGUGUGUGUGUAUAUACACGCACAAGCACACACUUGAGUGGGUAAGUGAAGAAGGUUGAUGAAAGAUGUCUGUACACUCAGCGCAGGUGGUGCAAUCUGUUAAGCUCUUUGCUGGGAAUGGAAUUACUAAUACCAAUAAAGACUUGAUUUUUGCUGAUUUUUUUGGGUUGUGUAGUGGAAAGAAAACAAAUAAAAACUCGUCAUGUACUCGGCGGAGAGUGGGUGGUGUAAAUAAUAGUAAUGUGCAAAGAAGUUUUCUUGGUUUGAAGAAAAACUGGGCCUCCAUUAAGUCUGUUCCUGAUAUCGAACGUGUCAACAAUGGCUUACUUCAACAGUCUUCGGAUUUGGAACCCAAGGUUGCAAACUUGGACGAUAUAUUAUCUGAAAGAGGGGCAUGUGGAGUUGGAUUUAUAGCCAACUUGGAAAAUAAAGGAUCACGUGAGAUAGUUGAGGAUGCCCUUACUGCUCUUGGAUGCAUGGAGCAUCGUGGUGGUUGUGGAGCGGAUAAUGAUUCUGGUGAUGGUUCUGGAGUCAUGACUUCAAUUCCCUGGGAGCUUUUCAACAACUGGGCUAACGAACAAGGGAUUGGUGCCUUAGACCAGUCUCAUACUGGUGUUGGAAUGAUCUUCCUUCCGAAGGACGAUGACCUUAUGAAACAAGCCCAAACAGUUAUUUUGAAUAUAUUUAAACAAGAGGGUCUUCAAGUUCUUGGAUGGAGGACUGUACCUGUAGAUACUUCCAUAGUUGGUUACUAUGCAAGAGAAACUAUGCCGAACAUACAGCAGGUCUUUGUACAAAUUGCUAAAGAAGAAAACAUCGAUGACAUUGAAAGAGAACUGUAUAUCUGUAGGAAGUUGAUUGAAAGAGCAGCCAGCUCAGAGACUUGGGGAAAUGAACUUUACUUCUGCUCAUUAUCCAGUCAAACUAUUGUGUACAAGGGAAUGCUUCGUUCAGAGGUUCUUGGUAAAUUUUAUUUUGAUCUACAAAAUGAUCUUUAUAAAUCUCCCUUUGCUAUUUACCACCGGAGAUAUAGUACAAAUACUAGUCCUAGAUGGCCACUAGCUCAACCAAUGAGGUUCCUUGGUCACAAUGGAGAGAUCAAUACUAUACAGGGGAACUUGAACUGGAUGCAAUCUCGUGAGGCUUCACUAAAGUCUCCCUUUUGGCGUGGUCGUGAAAAUGAAAUCCGCCCUUUUGGAAACCCAAAGGCAUCUGAUUCUGCAAAUCUUGAUAGUGCUGCAGAAUUUUUAAUAAGAAGUGGUCGCACUCCUGAGGAAGCCCUGAUGAUUCUUGUUCCAGAGGCAUACAAAAAUCAUCCAACAUUGGCUAUCAAAUAUCCUGAGAUUGUUGAUUUUUAUGACUACUACAAGGGUCAAAUGGAGGCUUGGGAUGGACCUGCUUUACUCUUAUUCAGUGAUGGAAAAACAGUUGGAGCUUGUCUUGACCGUAAUGGACUUCGUCCUGCUAGAUAUUGGCGAACAAUAGACAAUGUCGUCUAUGUUGCCUCCGAGGUUGGGGUCCUUCCCAUGGAUGAUUCAAAAGUCAUAAUGAAGGGGCGCUUAGGUCCUGGAAUGAUGAUAGCUGUUAAUCUACCCAGUGGUCAGGUGUAUGAGAAUGCAGAGGUUAAAAAGCAAGUUGCAUUAUCAAAUCCUUAUGGAAAAUGGGUGAGCGAAAACCUCCGAAUUUUGAAGCCUGUGAACUUUCUUUCACAAAACCUAGUGGACAACGGAGCAAUAUUUAGACGUCAACAGGCACAUGGCUAUUCUAGUGAGGAUGUUCAAAUGGUAAUUGAAACAAUGGCAUCUCAAGGGAAGGAGCCUACUUUUUGCAUGGGGGAUGAUAUUCCAUUGGCAGUAUUGUCUAGAAAACCACAUAUGCUAUAUGAUUAUUUCAAGCAGCGAUUUGCUCAGGUUACAAAUCCAGCUAUUGAUCCUCUUAGAGAAGGAUUAGUCAUGUCUCUUGAAGUCAACCUCGGGAAGCGAGGAAACAUACUAGAAGUUGGUCCUGAGAAUGCCUCCCAGGUUUUCUUCUUUUGCAUUUCUUCUCCUUUGAUAUCUUCUGAUAUCAUGUCAAUUAUAAUCUUCAAGCUUUUAUACUACUUUUUUUUUUUUUUUGAAACGUUUGCCCCAGUAGCUAAGAUGAAUACUGUUAGAGUCAUCCUAUCUCUAGCAGUCAAUCUUGAUUGGCCAUUGAGGCAAUUUGAUGUUAAAAAUGCAUUCCUUCAUGGUGAUCUGACAGAGGAAGUGUAUAUGGAUCCUCCUCCUGGUUUUACUCCUCCAGAGGGUAAUGUGUGUAAGUUGAAGAAAGCCUUGUAUGGGCUAAAACAAUCACCAAGGGCGUGGUUUGGAAGAUUGAGUUGUUCAAUGAAAAGGUAUGGUUUUAAACAGGCCUUGGCUGAUUAUACUCUAUUUUAUAAGAGAGAUGGUCAUGAUAUUACUAUACUUAUUGUGUAUGUGGAUGAUAUGAUUGUUACGGGCAGUAAUCCUAGUGAGAUUGAGAAACUCCGAAGCCAUUUGACAGAGGAGUUUGAAAUGAAGGACUUAGGUACCUUGAAGUAUUUCUUGGGCAUUGAGGUAUCACGGUCUCAGCAAGAACUUAUCCUAUCCCAACGCAAGUAUGUCCUUGACCUCCUAGCAGAAACUGGUAUGUCGGCUUGUGUCCCUGUUGACACACCCAUUGAGGUAAAUCAUGGUCUAUCUAUCUAUCCUGACCAGAUUCCCACAAACAAAGAGAGAUAUCAGAGAUUGGUGGGGAAGUUGAUUUAUCUAACCCACACGAGAUCGGAUUUGUCAUAUGCAGUUAGCGUUGUGAGUCAAUUCAUGCAUAACCCCAGUGAGCAGCAUAUGAGUGCAGUUAAUCAGCUAUUGGCAUAUCUAAAGUCCUCUCCAGGCAAGGGUAUUCUGUACUCAAAAGAGGGGCAUCUAGAUAUUAUGGGCUAUACGGAUUCUGAUUUUGCUGGAUCGAGAUUGGACAGAAAAUCCACAUCAGGUUAUGUAUCAUUUGUUGGGGGUAAUCUUGUGACUUGGAGGAGUAAAAAACAGAAUGUAGUCUCAUUAUCCAGUGCUGAGGCGGAAUAUCGUGCAUUGCAUCAUGCAACUACCGAGCUCACAUGGCUAAAACUUCUCCUGAGUGAACUUGGCUUUGGUCCGGACAAGCCUAUGUUACUUUUUUGUGAUAACACUGCCGCCAUUAAAAUCGCAAAUAACCCUGUGCAACAUGAUAGAACAAAGCAUGUUGAACUUGAUAGGAACUACAUCAAAGAUAAUCUCGACUCCAAAAUUAUAGAGGUUCCAUACAUCAAGAGGGGAGAACAACUGGCCGAUGUAAUGACAAAUGGAGUUGCUAGCGGGACCAUGGUUUUAUCGUGGUUACUGAAUUUCAUUUUUCAGGUUGCUUCUGGGCGCUUUGGUGUCACUCCAACGUUCUUGGCUAAUGCAGAUCAACUAGAAAUCAAAAUUGCUCAAGGUGCAAAACCCGGUGAAGGUGGCCAACUUCCAGGGAAAAAAGUUAGUACUUAUAUCGCAAGACUAAGAAAUUCAAAGCCUGGUGUCCCUCUUAUAUCUCCACCCCCACACCAUGAUAUUUAUUCCAUUGAAGAUCUUGCUCAAUUGAUUUUUGACCUUCAUCAGGUCAAUCCUAAGGCUAAAGUAUCUGUAAAGCUUGUGGCAGAAGCUGGCAUUGGCACAGUGGCAUCUGGAGUUGCAAAGGGUAAUGCUGAUAUUAUACAGAUAUCCGGGCAUGAUGGGGGAACUGGAGCUAGCCCUGUGAGUUCUAUCAAGCACGCAGGUGGUCCUUGGGAACUUGGGGUUACAGAAACACACCAGACUCUCAUUCAAAAUGGGCUCAGAGAAAGGGUCAUUCUCAGGGUAGAUGGUGGCUUUAAAAGUGGUUUUGAUGUCUUAAUGGCUGCAAUAAUGGGUGCUGAUGAGUAUGGAUUUGGUUCCAUCGCUAUGAUUGCUACUGGCUGUGUUAUGGCUCGUAUCUGCCACACAAAUAAUUGUCCUGUUGGUGUUGCUAGUCAGAGAGAAGAAUUAAGAGCUCGCUUUCCUGGUGUGCCCGGUGACCUUGUCAAUUACUUUUUAUUUGUUGCAGAAGAGGUAAGAGGCAUGUUGGCUCAACUGGGUUAUGAGAAACUGGAUGAUGUAAUUGGAUACACAGAAUUGCUAAGACCUCGAGAUAUUUCAUUGAUGAAGACUCAGCAUCUUGAUCUUAGUUAUAUUCUUUCUACUGUUGGAUUACCGAAAUGGUAUAGCACCUCGAUCAGGAAUCAGGAAGUUCACAGUAAUGGUCCAGUUUUGGAUGAUUUCUUACUUUCAGAUCAAGAGAUCUCAGAGGCGAUUGAGACUGAAACGGUGGUCAAUAAAACUGCAAAAAUAUACAAUGUGGAUAGGGCAGUUUGUGGGCGUAUUGCAGGUGUAAUUGCAAAGAAAUAUGGAGACACUGGUUUUGCUGGACAGCUGAAUAUAACAUUCAUAGGGAGUGCUGGGCAGUCAUUUUCCUGUUUUCUGACACCUGGAAUGAACAUCCGACUUGUUGGAGAAGCUAAUGACUAUGUGGGGAAGGGUAUGGCUGGAGGUGAACUGGUCGUGGUUCCUGUUGAAAAUACUGGGUUUUGCCCUGAGGAUGCCACCAUAGUAGGGAAUACCUGCUUGUAUGGAGCCACAGGUGGACAGGUCUUUGUUAGAGGAAAGGCUGGCGAACGUUUUGCAGUGAGAAACUCGCUCGCUGAAGCUGUAGUGGAAGGGACGGGAGACCACUGUUGUGAGUACAUGACAGGGGGUUGUGUGGUGGUGCUUGGAAAGGUGGGACGAAAUGUGGCAGCCGGGAUGACUGGAGGUUUGGCUUACAUUCUCGAUGAGGACGAUACUCUCAUCCCCAAGGUGAACAAGGAAAUAGUGAAGAUCCAGAGGGUGGUUGCUCCCGUUGGCCAAAUGCAGCUUAAGAGCCUUAUUGAAGCCCAUGUUGAAAAAACUGGGAGCAGCAAAGGUGCCAGCAUUCUUAACGAGUGGGACACAUAUUUGCAACUUUUUUGGCAGCUCGUUCCACCUAGCGAAGAAGACACCCCUGAGGCCUGUGUUGAUUAUGAUCAAAUAGCCACCGGGCAGGUGACAUUGCAGUCCGCAUAGGACCCCCCAGCAUCGGAAGGUUGACCGUGUAUAUGCAAGGAUUGUGUCCUACAUCUGGUGAGCACAAAAUCUUCUUCGAAGGCGAGGAUCAGAUAGUGUUGGACAGCUUGAAGGGAAAAAUAUAAGUUCAAAUCUUGUAUUAAACUGCCGGACUCUGGUCCUACAUGAAACUCACUUUGAUGACAGAUUUAAUAUUUGAGUUCAUGUUUCUGUGCUUAGGGAUGCUGCAGACAUGUAGAAUGUUAAAGAUUUUCACAAUCGAAGAUUACAAUUUCUUUGAUUAAAGUCAUCACUCUCAAUUUCUCAAUUUGAAAAAUGAAAAUCUAAAAAAAUAAAUAAAUAGAUGUAACGCAA